AUAAACCAGCUCUGCUCUCCUCACACUCACUCGCACACUGAGAGACCAGCACAUAGCCAUGAGGUGGUGGGGAAGAAAUAAACGGCAGCAGCCGCAGGAUCAAGCGGAAGAAGACAGCAAGGUCGGCAAGAGCAAGCCGGGCUUCUCGCCGCUUGCGUGGCUCUCCAAGCUCACGGCUAAGAGCAAUGUCGCCGCCUCCUCUAGGCCCAAGGCCAAGAGCGUCGCCGGUGGCUUCCCGUCUUGCUUCCUCGAGCGCCCGACCCCGAGCUCUGCUUCGCAGAGUAGCACGACAGAGGCCUCAUCACCCGCUGCCGCGGCCUCCGACAUCGCCCCGCGUCGCCUCUCGGUCGGCAACGACGACGCCGAGUCUGCGGCCUCGGCCGCGGCCGCGCGGCAGCUAUACCGCCGACGCCACUACUCGGUCGGCGGCGAUCGCGACCUCCCGCCGCUCAGACACCUCACCCUGUUCUCCCGAUCCUCCUCCCCGCCGGUGCGUGCGCCAGCGACCCCUCCAACCGCCGGGUCGACGCCAAUGCCGUCGUCGCCACCGUCCGACACGGACGACGAGAAGCGGCCGCGGAGCCGCCAGCGCCGUCGCCGAGGAAGCCGGCGGCGGUCCUUCACCGGAGGGACACCGCGCGCGAGGCUGGCUGCGGUGCGCGUCCGGUCGCCGCGCUGCGCGGCGGCGGCCGUGUCGGGGCUGGAGAGGUUCGCGGUGGUGCGGAGGACGAGCGACCCGCAGCGGGAGUUCCGCGACUCGAUGGUGGAGAUGAUCAAGACCAGGCGCAUCGGGCGGCCGGAGGAGCUUGAGACGCUCCUGGCGUGCUACCUCUCGCUCAACGCCGACGAGCACCACGACUGCAUCGUCAAGGUGUUCCGCCAGGUCUGGUUCGACCUCAAGCUCAACCCUGCCCGCGUGGCCGCACCCGCCGCGCGGCUGAUCGAGCAUCCUUGUCGCGCCGCCACCAUUAGUUCAAUUUCCAUGUAACAUGUGCCGCUGGUUCAUAAUUCACAAAGUACGGCGAACUUUGUUGCCAGUUGCUUGUAUUCUUCGGUAAAACGCGCCUGCCUACUUGUUGAAUAAUUUGGCAAUAUAACCAUAUUUAAUUUUAA